AUGGCGGAAUCAUUUAAAAUGAACAAUUCCUCAUCACCGAAACUGCCGUUAGUCUUAUCAGAAAUUCACGAUUUAGCAAAUCCUUUAUCAACGAUCACAUACGAUGAUGAUAUUCCAUGGACACAGACGCAAGUAUUGGGAUGUUCUGAAGAAGAAGCUAGAAGUAAUAAUAUGGUAGAAGCGGUGACAAGUUUCAUUCCAGUUAAUAGCAGUACAAAUCAGCAAUCGAAAACAAGCACCGAUAGAUGUGAAUCAUGCGGUAAAUAUCAUCAGGGAGCAAUUUGUGAUCCAAAUGCCAGUUUCCAGUUUAGAAUUCAGAAACAAAAUAUGCAACCCCGUUAUACACGGCGACAGAAAUUAGACGAAUUACAACAUUAUGAUUUGAAUAAAUCCAAAUUUGGAAGGGAUAUCAUGGAAAAUGGAAACGAAGUAUUUGAGAGUUAG